AUGGCAGAAGCUUGGAUCAAACCCGAAGCCAAUUUCAUGAAAUGCAACAUUGAUGUUUCUUUCUCUACCAUUGACAACUUGGUAGGGUUUGGCAUUAUAACUCGUGAUCAUAAUGGCCAUUUUGUCAAAGCUCAAACCAUCCAAGUUACACCAUUUUUACAGGUUCGAGAAGGAAAAGCUAAGGCUCUCUUACAUGCUAUAAAUUGGAUCACUGAGUUGGGUUUUGCUAAUGUUGUUUUUGAGCUGGAUGAUGACAUAGUAGUUGAUGCUUUUAAUAACCCUAACGUUGAUGAUAUGUCUGAAUUUGGCUCAAUUAUUUGCGAUUGUCGUAAAUUGGUUGAUGAAUGUUUACCAAACUCAAGAGUUGUGUUUACUAUGAAGAAAGCAAAUAAAGCAGCUAGUGUGUUGGCAUGUGUGGCUUUGGAUAUGGUUUGUCCUCAAGUUUAUGAUCAUGUUCCCUUAUGUAUUGCCCCUAUUGUUUUCAAGGAAAUGAUUUGA